AUGAACAAAGUUUUGAAAUCUCAUAAACACAACAUCUCCGAUAUAAAUGAACUUCAAGCUACAUUAGACAGUAAAGCCGACAAGAACCAUACACAUAAAUUCUUCACUACUGUUAGAGCAGACGACAUAAUAUUGAACUAUACCCUUGGUUCAAGUGCACCUUUAGAGAAUCCAAGUACAAGCGUAAAAGAUACACUAAACUCCUUAAAUAGUAAAUGUAUGAACAUUGAAGGUCAUGCCAGAAACUUUGAAACCCAUGAACUACCAGCAAUGUUAGACAGUAAAGCUGACAAGAACCAUACACAUACAAGUUUUACAACUGUUGCUAUAGAAAGUAUUGAAGGAACGGUUGAAGAAACUGGUGGGGAUGCAUUAUAUUGUAAACCUCCUAACUUUCCACAAGGUUUAACAUCGGAUGACGACAUAACGACGAUGAGAAACAUUAGAUGUAAAGAUGUUUAUGUCAUGAAGGAUGAAUAUAAUAUUAAAUUCACUGCUCAAGAUUUAUAUGACAAGAAGGCUGACAAAACAGAGCUUCAAACAUUAAAGACUGAAAUACUUCAAACAUUAUAUCCUGCAGGCUCUAUUUAUACGUCAAUGAACUCAAUAAAUCCAGCAACAGUUCUGGGUUUCGGUACGUGGGAGCAGAUUGUAGAUAAAUUCUUAUACUGUGCGAACUCUUCAAAGCAAACAGGUGGUUCGAAGAAAAUUAAAGAAGCAAACCUUCCACCGCACACUCAUACAGGAACUACAAACACAACAGGUAGUCAUUCACAUUCAAUAACAAAAAGAGGUUAUACAAAUCUUGCAGCAGGUUCGGAUAGACAGGGAAUGCAUAGAUAUGAUAUUUCAAGUGACCCAGUAGAUUCAAGCACA